AUGUGGCCGCCUUACAACAUGACGAAGCAGCGCACGUCGAAGGCUUGCUCCAUUCCAUGCGGCUGUCGCUACAAAGACGAUGAAAACAACACCACUGAGGCAUUUGCGCUGGCUGAAGGAGCCCAUGUUGCACUUGACCAGAUCUCGAAAAUCAAGAAGGAUCCGAGCAUCCGUUCUGAUAAGAUUGAGGUUACCUUUUGGUCUGACUCGAAGUUGGUGCUCACCGCACUGAGAAGCUCUGCUAGAGGUCAAUGUCUCUCGAAGAAGAUGCAACACAUUCUCGACAUCAUCAAGCUCAAGACACAAGAGCUGCUGCAUGAGCCGAGUGCAGAUGUGUCUGUUCAGUUCCGCUGGUGUCCCGAGGAGUGUGUCGAGCCGCAUGAAACAGCUGAUCAGCUCUCCAAGGGAGCCAGAAUGUCAGGCAGAAGCAUGUAUUCCCAAGCCCUGACCCUCUUCCACACCAUGCCUCGUAGCAAGAUUUAG